AUGCUCCCUAUAAUAGGCUUCUUUGGCGCCACUGGCGGCUGUGCAGCAGCUUGUCUCGCCUAUUGUCUACGCGAAGGUUAUACCUGCACAGCGCUUGUCCGCAACGCCGACAAACUCACAAAAUUACUCUCGGCGCACGAUAUCAGCGCCUCCACAAUCGCCGCGCAGCUCACGGUCAUCGUAGGGAAUGUGAAGAACGCAGAAGACGUUCGCAAAACGCUCUUCUCCAAUUCUGGCUCAUGCGUCGAUAUAGUCAUAUCGGGCCUUGGCGCCGCGCCCACCUGGAAAGCCGGCGCCUUGGUCCCGUCCAUUGAUGAUCCUACCGUUUGCACAGAAGCCACAACACUUAUCCUUUCUACAUUAAGAGCCGGACUCGGGGAUACACCUAAACAGAAACCUUUUAUCGCCGUCAUUAGUACGACAGGUAUGAGCGAGCAUGGCCGCGAUAUACCGCUACUAUACGUCCCGCUGUACCAUUGGUUGUUGAAGGUUCCGCAUAAGGACAAGAAGGCUAUGGAGGAGUUGAUUAUUGGCGCUAAGGAUGAGGGUCUAAUUAGGGACUAUUGCUCUGUAAGGGCAACUCUAUUGACAGAUGGGGAGGAACUAGGAAUGGGGAAGAUUAGGGCGGCCGUUGAAGGGGAGGAUAACUUGGGAGAAGGUGCUAUUGGGUACACGAUUUCGAGGAGGGAUGUUGGGCUGUGGAUUUUUGAGGAAAUUGUCAAGAAGUACCAAGUGGGUGAAACAACGGAAGAAGGGAGACCGGUCCGCGGCAUUGCCAGGAUUACCUACUAA